CUUUCGUUUACAGAGUCUUCGCAUUACCGGCCUCGGAUCGCCGCCGCAUAACAUGAGCAGAUUCGUUUACGGGUUCGGAUACUGUUCCCGCUGGCAGUCGAGCGAUCAGGUUGUCGAGACCGAAAAUGUUAUGACAUUUUGCAGCAAUUUCAGCCCCUGUGGAUGAGCAUGAAAGGUUUCUUCGAUCGAGAGUUUCGGGCAGUUAUGGCCAGUUAGUGUGUUGGUCGCUAACGUCCGUGAUGUCGCUUCUCUUUACGACCAGGAGACGUGGCUGUAGAAUUCGAGAUCGUGGACCUGCCGUCUCCAGUGAUUAUUUUACAUGGUCUUGUGUUCGUACAGUGGUGCAGUAAGCUGUUUGUUGUUUGUGGAUUGCUCGGGGGUGACGAUUGCAAGGUUUAGUUGCGGGCAUUGGACACGUGAUUGAAUUGCGUUGGAUUGUUAAGGAUUUGAUUUACGAUGCGGAGGGCGUCGACGACGCUCGGUCACGCCGCAGCUGUUGUAAUGCCUGGAGUUGUGAUCAUGCCGCUUACGGCACCGGACAGACUGCGUCUGUACCGUCGCUGCUUUCACGAGCUGGAGGAGCAGUUGUUGAUUCUUCAAGUAGAAGGGCGAGAAGCAGAAGUGCGUAGUUUGCAGGCGGAAUUGCGAUUCUUGGAGGAACUCAUCAUGGUCUUCACCACACUGAAUCCGGCCUCUCCUAACAAACAAGUGCUCUCCCCUGAGGUUUGGAUGGAGGAUGCUGCAGUAGAGGAAUUGGAUCUUUCUCUGGUUACUGAUAUUCUUUUGCUGAGUGCUUCUUCACCUUGGACUGUGUACAUUGCUGACCGCAGCCAGUGGUUGCUAUGUUUCGCGUCCCCAAGCGUGAAACGCACGACGGGUUGGAGUUCACAAGAACUUGUUGGCACUGCAGCAUGGGGUGCUUGUCACGCUGACGACUUUCCUGUGGUCCAGCUUAUGUUGCACUUGAGAGACAGUGAACCAUCUGGAGGUAGUGUGAUAUACAGACGGUUGAGAAAAGAUCGUUCUUAUGUUACCGUACAGGCAACAGGUCGAGCUAUUGGCACAAGGUGGUAUGCGUGGGUAGAGCAGGACAUACUAAACUUUUCUCCAGCGACCCACCAGGAAGAGCUUUCUCAGGUGAGCCAGAACAGAGGAAUCGCGAGAAGUCCGAAGCAGCAGGUGGUGGAAGGAGACAUCCCUUUCACGAUUCGGCCACGUAGACUAUCUUCACCUUGGAUUGCUCCACCAGAGGUUCCCAAUCCAAAUUGGGACCCAGUAGCUGGAGGCAAUAGAAUAGUUUCCGCAACAGUUGCUGCCCCUUCUCUCAAACUGCAAAGCAAAGGCUAUGAUGGGAUAGAAUCAGAACCCGACGAAGUUAUUACGGUAAAGCCAAUUUCGACACCAGUAGGCGAAGCCUGCACUCUUGAGUUACAACCACGAUCUCAGGAAGUUGCGACAAUCCCUACUAUGUUGAGUGCAGAGGCAGAGCAGAGUGGAGCAUGUUCCGCACCCAUCAGGUCCAGCAACAUUGAGGCCGGAGACACUAUAGCAAAACUCGGAAAGAGUAAAGGAGCUGCACCAGUAGCCGCCUGCACAUUCAACUCAAGACUCGAUGAAGCUCUUCCAACUUUAGACGGAAAAGAGCUCAUCCAAGGAAAAAAGGUAUUGCUGGCAGAGGAUGAUGCAGUCAAUCGCAAGGUAGGACAACGUUUGUUGAGAAGUCUAAAUUGCGAUGUCACAGUAACAUGUAACGGUCAAGAGGCUCUGGAUGUGCUCUGUCAAGUACCUGCUUGGCCAGAGUUGCCAACAAGUGAUGAGGUGAUGACCCCACGGUUCGAUUUGGUUCUUAUGGACCUCCAGAUGCCUGUCAUGGAUGGAACACAUGCGGUGCAGCUUUUUCGAGAGUGGGAAGAAUUGCAAGAACCGCCAAGAAAGCGCAUGACGAUUUUUGCACUGACUGCUAAUGUCAGCGAUCGCGACAUGGUGAAGUGUGCCCAAAGUGGUUUCGAUGAAUUCGUGAGCAAGCCGUUAACGAUUGAGAAAUUGAUUGAGCGAAUGAGAAACAUCAAAAAUGAUGAUAUCCAUAAUCGGGGCCUUGACUUGUGAGUAUGAACAGUUUACGUGGAUCGCUAAUACUGGAGCCUCCCUUCGCACCAGUUCACAAAUGAGAAAUUCCGUUUGUAAGACAUUCCUAGAACUUGAGGACGGCACUCUUCUGCAUGGAGGCAGAUAAUGUGUAAACUUUUUGUCUCAAAGUUUACAAAGCGCAGUGAGGACUCCGCCUUCGGGAAAACUGCAAUUGAACGGAACGAUCUAGAAGAGGAGUUUAGAUUGCUACGCAACCUUUUAAUAACGAAUGCUUGCACAGAACUGAAAAUCUAUCACAACUUGCUCAAUAUCUCGUGUUUGAGAAUCAUUGCUUCAGCUUUAAUUGCAGGGUCGUGUUAUGAUCGAUCCUGAUGAACGACGAUAAAUUCUUCUAGAUUCUUCAUAUUUGCUAUCUGCAAA